AUCCUCUCUCUCUCUCCUUCUCUCUCUCUCUCUCUCUAUCUCUCUCCCAACUUUAUCUAAGUAUUUAUUAGUCACUCUUAAAACCAUUUCAGCCAGUGGACAUUUUUUCUCUACUGAAGCCAUUCUGCUGCAUUUGUUAGGGUGAGGUGAAAAAUGGCGCAAAUAUUGGCUCCUUCUGCGCAAUGGCAGAUGAGAAUCGGAAAAAACUCGACGGAUGCAAGCGCAUUGAACUCGAAAAUGUGGAGCUCUCUUGUUAUGAAACAAAACAAGAAAGGCUCGGUUAGAACCUCCGCCAAGUUUCGCGUUUUCGCUGUUAAGUCCGAAGAUGGAACUAUCAACCGUAUGGAACAGUUGCUGAACUUGGACGUAACUCCGUACACUGACAAGAUCAUCGCCGAAUACAUUUGGAUUGGAGGAACCGGGAUUGAUGUUCGUAGCAAAUCGAGGACAUUAUCGAAACCGGUUGAACACCCGUCUGAACUUCCCAAGUGGAACUAUGAUGGUUCGAGUACAGGACAGGCCCCUGGAGAAGACAGUGAAGUUAUCCUAUACCCCCAAGCAAUCUUCAAGGAUCCAUUUCGCGGUGGUAAUAACAUCUUGGUCAUAUGCGAUACGUACACGCCAGCUGGCGAGCCGAUUCCGACGAACAAGAGAUACAAAGCUGCUCAGGUCUUCAGUGACCCCAAGGUUGCUGCAGAAAUUCCAUGGUACGGAAUUGAGCAAGAGUACACCUUACUACAAACCAAUGUGAAAUGGCCUUUGGGUUGGCCUGUUGGAGGCUACCCUGGCCCACAGGGACCUUACUAUUGUGCUGCGGGGGCAGAUAAGUCAUUUGGACGCGAUAUAUCGGAUGCUCAUUACAAAGCUUGUCUAUAUGCUGGAAUCAACAUUAGUGGUACUAAUGGGGAGGUUAUGCCGGGACAGUGGGAAUUUCAAGUAGGUCCCAGCGUUGGAAUCGAAGCCGGGGAUCACAUUUGGUGCGCGAGAUACCUUCUUGAGAGAAUUACGGAACAAGCUGGAGUUGUUCUCUCGCUCGAUCCAAAACCAAUUGAGGGUGAUUGGAAUGGUGCAGGAUGUCACACCAAUUACAGUACGAAAAGUAUGAGAGAAGAAGGUGGUUUCGAAGUGAUAAAGAAAGCGAUACAUAACCUUUCGCUUCGCCACAAAGAGCACAUCAGUGCUUAUGGAGAAGGAAACGAGAGACGGUUAACAGGAAAGCACGAAACUGCCAGCAUCGACCAGUUCUCAUGGGGAGUUGCUAACCGUGGAUGCUCGAUCCGUGUUGGACGUGAUACUGAGAAGGAGGGAAAAGGUUAUUUGGAAGAUAGAAGGCCAGCUUCAAACAUGGAUCCAUAUGUAGUGACUGCAUUACUUGCCGAAACUACGCUCUUGUGGGACCCACCGCUUUAAGCCGAAUCUUGUUCUGUUUUUUUGUAUCAGGUCCCUUUUCAGAGUUCUUUGUAAAUAAAGGGACUAAAAAGCAAAAAAAAAAAAAAGAAGUUCAACUUAAUGUUGUUGGAAUUUGGCAUUCUUGAUUGUUCAUUCAGACAGUUUUAUCAGUUUGAAGUUUGUUCAUUUUUCUGUGUGUAAGAGAACUAAAAGGCUUGUCCAUUUUUUCAUCACCUUUCUUUGGUAAUAAACAUCACCUUUAAUUUUUA